GAUGGGAGGUAAUAAAAUAUUAAUAUCCCAGUCCCAAGUGUUUUUUGUUUUUUUUGUUUUACCGGGAAAAGGAGUUACAGUUUUAGAGACCUGGCUUUAUAUAUUUUUAACUGGCCUUUUAUGUGUUCGUUUUCUUCUCUCAUUUUUCUCUGUUCUUGGGAAGGGUUUGUUUUUGGCUUUCAUUUUUAUCAGGGCCUUUACAUGACCAAUUCAGAUCUCCAGCAUUGACUCAUUUUUUGCCCAGCUCCAGCACCGUUACUUCCUUCCCCUGAGAUAACAGCUUCAGCUGCGUGCCAAGGUGUUAUUGAAGAUGAUGCUUUCGAUCUCAAGAGGCAUGAAAUGGGGUUCAAGAUCUCAAUAAGUAACCUCCAAAAGGAGAGAGAAAGAAGGAAAUACCUUUACCUGAGGCUCCGAGAUGGAGAUGGAGAAAAGAGCUGAAGCAGCGCCCCCUAGCCCCAAUUCCUGGGUCCCGGAGACCCCCAUUAAGCCCAUUCCACCAAGACCAGAGCCGAUCUGCAAAGACAUGCAAGAACAUCCGCAAGGCCUACAAGAGUGCUCGGACUCGGAGGAAUUCCCGCCAGGUUUCGCCCCAAGAGCUCAGGCAGAUGAGUUCUCGGGCCACGGCUCGAGUGGCAGGGCAGAGAUCGAUGCAGGGCUCAACUUCGAGGCCCUACUUUCAAGUGGUGACAGUACUUUGUGGCCGGGCAUGGCUGCCACAGCCACUGCUGCGGCCAUGAACAUGAACGUGCCUUUCUUGAGCCUGAUGGCCCUUGCAGAUGCCGCCGUCACUGGAAGUUCACAGAAAGACUUCACUCGUGCAACAAAUGGAUCUUUCACCUGCUUCUCAGACUCCUACCUUAAAGGCAACUGGCUACCCUCUGAACCAGCAAAAUUGAGCAGUUCCUGCUCCGGCUCCAACUUAUCGCAGUUUUCUUCGAUUAGCGCCAAUCACUCUGCACAAAAUUCAUAUGGACUUCAAAAUCUUCCAGCGCAUGCCUAUGAUGUUAAUUUGUCGCCCGGAACACGGGCAGAUGCAGCCUCUAAUGGAGCAAUCCCACACUUUGCACCGAUUACUCCAGACAAAGCACUUGGUGCGCAGAGCAGAACGGUUUUUGAAACAUAUCAUUUUGGUGAAAAAGACCAAACAAGUCAGAAUCAGUGUUUCAGUGACGGAGAUGCUGCUGGAAGGCUAGUCCGAGCAGAACAUGUUAAGGAGCUUUUAAAAGUUGCUGCAGAUGCUCCAUCUGCUGAUGUUUCCACCUCACCAAAUGAGGAUAAUAAAAUUGAGAAGGUAGAUGAUCAAGGCAUAAGCAAAACGCCACAACAGAAACCUAGGCGGAAGAAGCACAGGCCCAAGGUUGUUUCUGAGGGAAAGGCCAGGAGGACUCCAAAGCCCAGAACGCCAAGAACUGCAGGUACUGAGGGAGAGACUAGAGUCAAGAGGAAAUAUGUGCGAAGAAAGGGAAUUGAAAAACCACCUCCAUCUUUGCCAACAGAAGUAGCUGAAGAUGCUGGCGGACAGAACAGAGAUGAACCUUUGAAGAUGUCAUGCAGGAGGGCCUUAAAUUUUGAUAGUGAACAACAACAAAUGAAUGACGCUAUUGCAGGCCAAUCGGUCUGUGUUGGAGCAGCGGAACAGGCAAAUGCAGAUGAUCAACUUCCCCAAAGAAUUGAAGUAAAGGUUGGAGAUGCUACCAAAGGCAUAGCCCAUGAACUCAGUCACGGUGUGAAUCAGAAGCCGACAGAAGACACACCAUUCCUAGAAAGCCAGGAUCCAGGCAUAACACGCCCUGCCCAAACUCGCUUCCAGCAAGAGAAACUAGACUCCCAUUGUCCAGCAAUGAGUUUGCCAGGAGACCAAGUGAAUGCUCCUAGUGCACCUGAUCUUAUACAAAUGAAAACACUGACCAGUCCAAACAAGCCAUUUGCGACUGACGGUGAGCAGCCAACAGAUUCGAAGAGAAAAUGCUGUGAUCCUAGUGAACAAAUUAGAAAUGGAUACAUGAAUAUGUUAGGGAUUCAGUUCAACAGCUUACAAGCAUAUGAGUCAGUACCUCGGCUUUGCUUUCCGCCUAUACACAAGAAAAAAAGAACUGAGAAAGGGCAGAUCUCUGCAUCUGGCACGUCAUCUUCCAUGAAGAGCAAAAUGGUUAAAAGACUAGGGAUCACAAGCUGCCUAGAUGCUGAGAGAGCCAACCUUAUUGCAUCAAAAGUUGACCAAAGUGAAGCUAUACUACAAGAAAGGGGGACAGAACUUCAGGACGAGCAGCAAACCGUGGGCUGUAUGCUGGCAUUUUCUCAGACAGAGAGGUCGACGAAGAAGCGAUCUAGGGGCCUCACUCGGGUUCGUGACUUAGCUUCACUAAGCAAACUGACAGAAUAUUGCAUGAUGCCAACUUACCCCCUGCAACAGUCAGCAACAGAUGACAGGUCACAAAAUACUCACACAUGUAUGCAAGCGCUACUCAUGGAGAUGAAUGCAAAGCUAUCGAGAAGGAAACGGACCAAGAGACAUCCUUUGGUUAAUUCAGCCUACUCAAGGGCUUUGACGCUGCAGCUGAAUGGAAGGGUUCAAAUGCAUCGCAAUCAUCAGAGAGCUGCCGCCCAUACACUAGGUCAUCAACCAGAAUUACUUUGGAAGCAUAUCAGUCCAGUUGAUGCAAUCAUAAAGCUACUGGAGAAUCUAGAUAUCAACAGAGAAAGUAGCGAAAAUGCACAUCAGGAGCAAAACGCACUUAUCCCUUAUGGAUUUGGAAAGCAGGACCACCAAAACAUGCUGGUUCUCUAUAGGGGGGAUGGCACCAUUGUGCCCUUUGACGGUCCAUUCGACCCCGCCAAGAAAAGACGACCAAGGCCAAAAGUUGAUCUUGAUGAAGAAACCACUAGAGUGUGGAAGCUUUUAUUGGAGGAUAUAAGCAGUCAAGGUAUUGAUGGGACAGAUGAAGAGAAAGCAAGAUGGUGGCAGGAGGAACGAAGAGUCUUCAAAGGACGCACUGAUUCAUUCAUUGCACGCAUGCAUCUUGUACAAGGUGAUAGACGCUUCUCGCCAUGGAAAGGAUCAGUUGUUGAUUCGGUGGUUGGGGUUUUCCUUACUCAGAAUGUGUCGGAUCAUCUUUCUAGCUCAGCAUUCAUGUCACUUGCUGCACGGUUUCCCAAAAAUCCAAGGCAAAACCAGUGCUUUGAAGAGGGAACAAGUUCAGUGAUCAAUGAACCAGAUGUAUGCACACAGGAUCUGGAAUACACAAGUAAAUGGAGAGAGAAGAUGUCAAGUCCUACAAUUUGCGACCGCAGUUCUAUGACACUCAAUGAAGCUGAGAACAGUGAUGAAGUAGAGGUUGUCAACAGUGAAGAAUCCUUCACAAGAACAGCGGGGAAAAUGAGGUCUCUGGAUGAAUCAAACUGCCACUUCUUAAAUUCAAAUUCAUCCAGAAGCUUUAUGGAGAUGCAACCUCAUUCAACAGUCAAUAAAUUCACCAUAGACAAUACAGAAUCCAUCUGCACUGAUGUAGAUCGGAAGGCAGAGAUUGAUGUCAUUUCAUCUCAGGAGUCCGCAGUGUCAUCUCAUAAUUCCAUGGACUUUUUGAAAGCUGUAAGUGAUGAAAGAAAAGGAUCGAGCUCAGACAACUCAGAGACAGAUGAUCUGACAAACAGGUCUAAAUUGUCAAAAACAAGCUCAGCCGAUGCUCAUACACCUUUUAUGCAGCUUCUACACUUGGCUGGCUCAAAUCUGCACGAAGUUUAUGUUCAUGAAAUCGGGGAUAUUUCGUCCAAUGAGAACUCAAAAGAUGCUCUUAUAAAAUCCCUAAGUAAAGACGACGGAGGUGAAAGGCAAGAUAUUGAUGCCACAAAUGCAACGAACUCCAUGGUGUUAGAAGAUGAAUGCUCCCAAGAAUCCAGAGAAGGUGGCAAAUCUUCUGAGAGCUACAAGGUUGACAGUGGAAGUUGUAUGGACGAUGGCGUCACAGCAAUAAAUCAAUAUACAACUAAAUAUAAGAUUAGGACAGCUGUAAACAAAAUUCCCAGUUCUAUGAGGUGUAAUCAGAUUUGCACUGGCAGUACAGUCUCCAAAAACUGCAUUGAUCAACACCCUGAGCAUUUGCUAGAAGUACAAUGUCUCAGGGAAGAUGACAGAAUGGAGGAACCUACUUGCAUGCCAAAACUUUCUUGUGAAAACUGGCAAAACAGCUGUUCGAAGAACCUACCAGAAGGCAGUAAUCAGGAAUCAGUAGAAAGAUGUAUAAGCGAGCAAGUUCAUCCAGCUCCUAAGGAAUCCAAUGAAAUGAAUGUAAGAGCUUCAAAAGCAAAAACAGGUGCUGCAGGGAAGGAUAGAAAAGUUGAAAUCGACUGGGACAGCUUGAGAAGACAGGCAGUAUCAAGUGGAAGCAAAAGAGAGAGAUCUCAGAACACAAUGGACUCAGUAGAUUGGGAAGCAGUGAGAUGUGCAGACGUAAAUGAGAUAGCUCAAACCAUCAAAGACCGUGGAAUGAACAACGUCCUGGCCGGAAGGAUACAGGAUUUCCUCAACCGACUUGUUGGAGAACAUGGAAGCAUCGAUCUUGAAUGGCUGAGGGAUGUUCCGCCGGACAAGGCAAAAGAGUACCUGCUAAGCUUUAGGGGCCUGGGACUGAAGAGUGUGGAAUGUGUGCGGCUUUUGACACUUCAUCACCUUGCUUUCCCUGUAGAUACAAAUGUUGGCCGUAUUGCUGUAAGGCUAGGAUGGGUCCCUCUACAGCCACUGCCUGAGUCACUUCAGCUGCAUCUUUUAGAACUGUACCCAGUGUUGGAAUCUAUUCAGAAGUAUCUCUGGCCACGACUGUGCAAGCUUGACCAAAGAACUCUGUACGAGCUGCAUUACCAGAUGAUAACAUUUGGAAAGGUCUUUUGCACAAAAAGCAAACCAAAUUGCAAUGCAUGUCCUAUGAGAGGAGAAUGCAGACAUUUUGCCAGUGCAUUUGCAAGUGCAAGGCUUGCUCUGCCAGGUCCAGAGCAGAAGAGCAUAGUUGGUUCAUCAGAGACAGUAACACCCACCAAUAAUACUGAGCCACUGCAGCUGCCUUCACCUCUGGCAACCGAUAAUUCACAAAAACAAUUAGCAAGAUAUGGACAAAGUAACUGUCAGCCUAUUAUUGAAGAACCUGCAUCGCCAGGGCCAGAGUGCACACAUGUAGUUGAAAAUGACAGAGAAGAAAUAGACUUGGAAGAUUUUGAUGAAAUUCCUACAAUCAAACUAAAUAUUGAAGAGUUCACCCAGAAUUUACAGAACUAUAUGCAGCAGAACAUGGAACUUCAAGAAGGUGACAUGUCAAAGGCCCUAGUUGCUCUAACCCCAGAGGCUGCAUCUAUUCCUGCACCUAAGCUUAAAAACGUGAGUCGGCUACGAACAGAGCACCUAGUGUAUGAAAUUCCUGAUGGCCAUCCUCUUUUGAAUGGACUUGAUAAAUUAGAACCAGAUGAUCCAUGCAAAUACCUCCUUGCCAUCUGGACACCAGGCGAAACAGCAAACUCGAUUGAACCCCCAGAACAGAAGUGCAACUCCCAGGAGGUUGGUGCACUUUGUAACGACAAAACAUGUUUCUCAUGCCACUGUGUUCGAGAAGCAAACUCUCAAACCGUCCGGGGGACCAUUUUGAUACCAUGCCGGACUGCUAUGAGAGGGAGCUUUCCACUUAAUGGCACCUAUUUUCAAGUAAAUGAGGUAUUUGCUGACCACGAGUCCAGUCUUCACCCCAUUGAUGUUCCCAGGGAUUGGUUGUGGAAACUUCAGAGACGAACAGUAUACUUUGGGACCUCCAUACCAGCAAUAUUUAAAGGCUUAUCAACAGAAGGCAUUCAACACUGCUUCUGGAGAGGAUAUGUUUGCGUGAGGGGAUUUGACAGGCAGACCCGAGCACCCCGCCCUUUGAUGGCCAGGCUGCAUUUUCCAGCCAGUAAGCUGCCUAGGACAAGAGGCAAACCAGAUGAUGGGUUGUAAUUGAUGGACUUCAUAGUGUUUGACAUCAAAACCAGCAGGUCCAGAGCCAUUUCUUUGUUGUCAGAGCAGGAAAAAGAAAAUGUUUAUUACUGGAGUUGGCUCGAUUGACAUGUUCAAUAACCCUUGGGCCAAACAUCCUUGCAUAAGGAUUGUCCAAUGUAGAUGAUUGAUUAGGUUAUUGUAACUUUGUCGUAGUCAACAAUGGCGCAGCGCCAAUAUGGGAGCUGUUCUUUUACUCACAGCGCAUUAAUCAAAAUGUGUAAAAUUGCAAAAUA